AUGAUUACAACAGAGGUGUUCCUCCCAAUUCGAGGGAUGAAUAUGGAGCGCAAACUGCCGCUCCCAAUGAAUACAGCAGGGACGACCUGGAACGAGUUGACAGUUAUGCACAUUCAUUCUAGGCCGGAUUUCAACGGUCGCAUUGGCCCAUCACACGACAAUAACCUCAGCCGUGAUUUCUCAAGAGAAAUGCAACCGCAAAAUGAUGAAUAUGGCAGAGAAUUAGGGUCUCGCUUUGAUCGUCGUCCGGAUGAACGUGCAGAAAGAGGAGCAGGGGAUCCUUGUGGUGGUGCAAUGUAUAAUGGAAAUGGAGUUGGUACUCAUUCAUCUGUGUUGAACUCUUCUGCUGCAGCAGUUGCGAACAAAUUAUGGGCAAAAACACGUAUUAUUCAUCCUGAUGAUCAUCAAACUACGUCUUUAGAAAAGCGUCGGGUAAUGAUGAUUUCUGUCAGGGGCCAAUACCAUUAA